GGAAGUGGAAUUAAAACAAGAUCUUCUACAGCUACGGUUCCUGAACGCAUCAUCAGACUAAACUUCCACAUUCUGUAGAAAUUUAAGGACAAACUACGCUGUUCUUGAUCCACUGAAAGCGGAAACCUCACCUUUUCCGUUAUGGAUUGUUUAUUUUUAAGACUAACCCGGACUGCAGGCCUGUUGCGGAUCGGUAACGCCUCUCGGUUACAAAGUGCAACCUCCCGGAAGAUUAGAAAAGCAGUUUUAUGUGAAAGUUCCUCAGGUGAAAGGACACUUUUACCGACGAGCAGCUACCAGGAGCUGCUCGGGAUUUGACUUUCACACAGUUAGACAUACUUCAACAAGCUCGGCUGAAGUUCUAGUUGAGGUGUUUAAAUUCAGGUCCCCUAACGAUGAAACGAGAAGGUGAAACCACAGCGGAACUGUCCAGAGCUCCGGUUUCCUCUCCGGUCAACACCACAGAGCAGUCAAAGAAGAUGAGGGUUAUGAACGCCGUGUAUAUAAUCACUGCUCUGGAUAUUACCUGGAUGUUUUUGCAAUUGUCUGUAACCCCAUAUUUGGCGAAGAAACUUGGCUUUGACACGCUGUGGUUCGGUUAUUUGCAAACUACAGUAGGAGUGAUACAGCUAAUUGGAGGUCCUGUGUUUGGAAGGUUUGGAGAUGUCUUUGGGGCACGAGCUGCCUUGUCUCUGGCGUGUGCAUCAACCUCAGUUUUUUUUGUGCUUCUGGCCAUUGCAGACCAUCCCUUCAUGCUCUUCAUACAUAAACUACCUUCAAUCUUUAUGCACGUCCUUCCUGCAUGUCAGAUGGUCGUCACAGACCUCUCAGAGCCUGAGAAACGGGCCGAUGCUUUAUCCAAACUGGGUCUGUGUUUUGGCAUCGGGAUGAUAGCUGGCUCCACAUUAGGGGGACAGCUUAGCACGCACUAUGGGGAGAAGUUUACAGCCUGUGUUGGUGCUGCAGGGAGUGCCUUCAGUUUGCUGCUGGUUUUAAGCUUCAUCCCAAAGUCUACCAAAUCCGAGGCGCCUAGAAGUAGCAGCAAAUCUGAGAACCAAAACCAGAAGGUAUUCAGUUUGGGAGAAAUCACAAGAUUGAUGAAGUUUCCAGGCGUGAUGAGGAUUUUUCUUAUCAAAAUCAUCACAGGUUUGCCAUCAGGCAUAUUUCAAGUGAUGUUCUCCAUCAUUGCAAUGGAUUUCUUCAAGCUUGAAGCUAAGCAGAAUGGCUACCUGAUGGCCUACUUUGGUAUCGUCCAAAUGGUUGUUCAGGGAGGAGUGAUUGGUAGACUCACAUCCAGAUUUCCUGAGAGAUCCCUUCUUCUUUUGUCCAUCGGAGUUACCGCAGGAGUGGGACUGGCUCAGGCCUACAUGCAGACCGUGUUCCAGCUCUGCCUUACCGUCACACCUUGGAUCUUUUCUCUUAGCGUGUUCAAUGUCAUCACCGACAGCAUGCUCACCAAAAGCGUGCCGUCCUCUGACACAGGAACGAUGCUGGGACUGUGUGCAUCCGUUCAGUCCCUGAUUCGGACAAUCGGACCGACCAUAGGGGGUUUCCUGUACAUGAACUACGGCCUUACCUCUAUAGGUCUAAUUGAGUUCUUUGUGAAUAGUGUUGUGUUUGUUUACCUGCUGCAGCGACACCUCAGGAAGACAGAGAGGCAGAAUGAAUAAAGAUGUCAUUUUUAUUUUUUUAUUGUAUAUUUUUCUAGAACUAGAAAACACAGUGAUGAGAUGAGCAUUGAUGUUUCAUUGUAGAAAUGGCCAUUUUGCAGCUUCAUGUUUGCAAUGUUUGCAAUGUGCUGCUGUAUUUUUACUUUUAAGUUGGUCAAGAUUUAAAUUCAUUACUAUGUUGUUCAAGUGGAAACCACUAGAUGGCAGCAAAAUGUCCAGUUUAUUUGGAGAUGUUUCUGUUGAACAGAAUUUUUAAUUCUCAAGGCUGCUCCUGGGAAUUUUUUAAAUCAUGAUUUUAAUUAAUAAUGAUCCAGUAAAAGCAUUCCAAUUAUCUAACUUUUAGAUUUGCAAACAAUGUUUACGUUUUUAUGUAAUUGUUCUUUUAUAAUCUUUAAAAUAAUUACGUUUAAAUGCAUUAAGUAUUUAAAGGCAAUAUUGUAUGAAACAA